UCAUGCACCUACCCUUCCUAUAUAUUUCCCUCUUCUCUUUAAAUUCCAAAAAUUCCCCUUCCCCUCACAAGCACAAUAAUCAAAUCUCUUCUCUCCUUUCCUCUCUAUACCCAAUUCAACCAAUUAUAAUGUACGGACACAGCUUUGCCCAAUCUGAUUUUGCAAUUUUAGACUCAGUUCGCCGUCAUUUACUCGGUGAAUCCGACCCUGGACUCACUGUUUCAACCGCUACUUGUAAUUCCACUGCCACUGCGCCUCCUCCUACUGCUACUGCUUAUUGCCGGAGUUCCAGCUUUGGCUGCUUGGACCCUUGUUUAACUGACACCUGGGGGGAUCUUCCUUUGAAGGAAAACGAUUCCGAGGAUAUGCUUGUCUACAAUUUCUUGCGGGAUGCCCUCACUGAAGGUUGGGUCCCCGUCCCACAGGAGGUUACAGAAAGCUGUCAGCUUAAUUUUCCGGUGAAGGAGGAGCCUUUUGUGGCCCCCGAACAACAGAUUACAGCAACUCCUGCUGCCACAGCGGCGGCCCCUGCUCCGGCGGUGGCUGUCCCUUCCAAGGGAAAGCACUACAGGGGAGUUAGACAGAGACCCUGGGGGAAGUUCGCCGCAGAAAUUCGGGACCCGGCGAAAAAUGGAGCCCGGGUUUGGUUGGGGACUUUCGAGACGGCUGAGGAUGCCGCUUUGGCUUAUGACCGAGCCGCUUAUAGGAUGAGGGGUUCCAGAGCUUUGUUGAAUUUUCCUUUGAGGAUUAAUUCUGGCGAACCAGAGCCGGUUAGAAUUACGUCGAAGAGAUCAUCGCCGGAGCCGACUUCUUCAUCGGAGAGUAAGUCGCCAAAGAGGAGGAGAAAGGUGGGUGGUGGUAGGUCAGCGGCGGCUCAAGCCGGGUUGGAAAUGGGAGGUGGAGUUGCACAAGUGGCAUCGAGUACACGUGUGGAAGAAUUAAUGGUUUUAUAAUGGUGAGGUGGAAGAUAUUUUGAGUGACUCAAAAAAUUGAUGGUAUCCGGAGUUGUAUGUAGUGUAUGAGGGUAUAAUCAUUUUUUGGGUGACCAAAGUUUUGGAGCUUCUUUUCUUUUAGGGACAAAAAUAAAUUAGUGAUGAGUUUGUUUUGGUUUGUGAAUAUACAAAAACUUGUUUUUUUUUUUAAUUGUUUUAUGAAAUUAAAUAUCUCCCACUGUUUAAAAAAUA